ACCAGGACGGGAUGUGUACAUACUCAGAAGAACCACAGAAAAUCGACAGCAGGAACACUCCUUUCACAGAUUCAGUAUUGAGAAUGAUAGUUUCGUUGAAACACCAACUAUAGCUUCAUCGGACAUAUUCACCAUGAUAUCCAGAAAACAGAGCUGUCAGCACUGAGGUCUCUGCAGUCGGGAGAAGAUGAUCUUCCUCCUCCUGCUGCUCCUCUUCCUCACCCCCUGUGUCUCUGGAACAUUUGUAGUGAAUGUGCCUCAGACUUCCUAUCAGGCAGAGGAGAACCAGAACAUCACCCUGGAGUGGACCUUCAGCACCAGAACAGACACUUCACUCAGAUCCAUCUCUACCAUCUGUCAGCUGUUAACUGAAGGCAGAUCCUACGUCCUGUUUCAUCUCCUUGGAGGUGUUGAAUCCCCAGAGUCUCAGGAUCCACAGUUUGCAGGACGAGUCCAGUGGGACAAAGACGUCCUCACAGAAGGACGCCUCACACUUCAUGUCUCCAGACUCAGGACCAAUGACUCUGGGUGUUAUCGGUGUGACAUAUUCGUCAGACCUGAUGAGAGUAACUCUAGGAGAUGCUGGCUCAACAUCACUGCCAUGACGAUGCCCUUCACCAUACAGGUCUACUUUUCAUCAAUGGAAGUGACCAUUCUUGAGACUACUUGUUGGAUCUUAUUCAGCCUUUUGUUCAUCCCGAGUGUCGCUGCUGUGGCUGCAGCAGGGUACCUUUAUAAAUCUGGAAGGAUUCGAUGGAGCGGAGACAGGCAGCCGGUCCCAACGAAUUCACCUGCACCUGAAGAGGGGAGUAGCAGGAUGGAGUGCAUAUGGACUCUCCUCGGCAUGUUUCCCUCCUGACUCCUGCUUAGGAAGCAGGUGCAGCUGUCCAGGUACUGUGUAUGGUCAUGUCCUAUGAUAACAGCCUUUACAAUUAUAUUUGGUUUAUUUCUAAACAAAUACAUGAAGUUUUUCCCAAAAGAAGAAGUGACAUGGGGAAUGUAUGUAGUGAAAGUAUUUUUCAAGCUAAAAAGUGGAAGCUUCAAUGAAUGUGUGCUGUCUAUGACUGACUAAAAUGGAAAGUUUGCAUGACCGAUUAACGCGAGCAUCACCUGCAGUAUUAUCUAAGAUUUGGUUUUAAUCUUGAGGCUGCUUUAUCAGUAACGGCUGUAACUGCCACGAUACUUCACGUCUGGUUUUCUCCCACACAUAGCUUUCACAAUUAGUGAUGUGUCGGUCGCGAACGAGCCGAUUCUUUUGAACGGCUCUUUGGUACGAACGAGGGGAACCGAAUCG